GGAUCAGUGCAGCUCAUGUCGGGGCGGUUGCGGUUACUGUGGAUGUCACCACCAGUGCCGAGGAGCAGAUCUGUCUGCAAGUGUUGAGCUUCUGCUCCGCUCGAAUGAGCUGCGGUGCGCGAGGCGGCUGAUCGGCGUCACCUCCUGUAACAGGAGCGGCUGAGGAGCCGAUUUGACUUUAAUCGCUUUUCUCCUCCGCCGGAGAUUUGAGAGCUUUAUUUGACGAUUUGGUAUUUACGGUGCAAUGGCGGCGCCUGGACAAGAGGAUUGCUCUGUGCGAGUUGCUCUUAGAAUUCGUCCACAACUUGCUAAAGAAAAGAUUGAGGGAUGUCACAUUUGUACUUCUGUUAUCCCCGGGGAACCCCAGUUGAUUCUUGGAAAGGAUAAAGCAUUUACCUUUGACUUUGUUUUCGAUAUGGACACUCAGCAGGAUAGAAUCUAUGCAAAGUGCACAGAAAAGCUUAUUGAUGGUUGUCUUCAGGGAUACAAUGCCACAGUCUUAGCAUACGGUCAGACUGGAUCUGGGAAGACUUACACCAUGGGGACAGGAUUUGAUGUCAACAGUACUGAAAUUGAGCAGGGUAUCAUCCCACGUGCUGUCAAACACCUUUAUCUUGGUAUUGAGCAACGCAAGCAAGCUGCCAUUGAAAGUGGACUGCCACCACCGGAAUUUAAAGUUAAUGCUCAGUUUCUUGAGCUUUAUAAUGAAGAAAUUCUUGACCUGUUUGAUUCAGUUCGUGAUCUUGAUGCAAGAAACAAAAAAUCAAACAUAAAGAUCCAUGAAGAUGCAAAUGGAGGUAUUUACACUGUAGGAGUAACAACUCGUACCAUUAACUCAGAAGCUGAGAUGAUGCAGUGCCUGAAGCUGGGUGCUCUGUGUCGUACCACUGCUAGUACACAAAUGAAUGUUCAGAGUUCUCGCUCUCAUGCCAUUUUUACCAUCCAUUUAUGUCAAAUGCGUGUUUGCGUCAAAACUGAUGAGGAAUUGGACAACAAAGCAAUUAGUGAAUCAACGCAGAUGAAUGAGUUUGAAACUCUUACAGCCAAGUUCCAUUUUGUUGACCUGGCAGGUUCAGAGAGGCUGAAACGCACAGGAGCCACUGGAGAUCGGGCAAAAGAAGGAAUUUCCAUUAACUGUGGUUUAUUAGCACUUGGAAAUGUCAUAAGUGCGCUUGGAGAUAAAAGUAGGCGAGCUACUCAUGUGCCAUAUAGAGACUCCAAACUAACACGAUUACUGCAAGACUCCUUGGGAGGCAAUAGCCAAACAUUUAUGAUCGCUUGCAUCAGUCCAUCGGAUCGAGAUUUCAUGGAAACUUUGAACACACUAAAGUAUGCAAACCGUGCACGAAACAUUAAGAACAAAGUGAUGCUCAACCAAGACAAAGCAAGCCAACAGAUCAGUGUGCUGAGGGGUGAGAUAGCACGUCUACAGAUGGAACUUACAGAAUACAAGACGGGUAAGCGAAUCAUAGGUGAUGAUGGCGUGGAAAGCAUCAAUGACAUGUUCCACGAAAAUGGCAUGCUACAAACAGAAAAUACUAAUCUACGGAUGAGGAUUAAAGCUAUGCAAGAAACCAUAGAGUCACUGAGGGCAAGAAUAACGCAGCUUCUGAGCGAACAGGUCAACCAAGUUCUUGCAAAAUCAGGAGAUGGAAAUGAAGAAAUUAGUGCAAUGAUUCAGAAAUAUAUCCAAGAGGUUGAAGAUCUCCGAAUUAAAUUGUAUGAGAGUGAAGCAAUGAAUGAAAACCUUCGGCAUAAUCUUUCAAGAGCUUCAGCUAGAUCUCCAUACUUGGGUGGCACUUCCACUUUAUCCUUUGCUGGUUCAGUUCUUAGUCACGAAAAAGAAGUUAUGGAUGUCUUGGAGGUAGCUAAAAAGGAUUUAGAAAGACUGAAGAAAAAAGAAAAGAGAAAAAAGAAAAGUGUAAUUAGUGAGAACAUUGACAAUGAAGGGACAAAGGUAGAAGAGAGAGAUACCGAGGAAAAAGAAAAGAAUGAAUUAGAAGAGGAGGAAGGUCAAGAAUGUAGUGAUCAUGAAGAAGGUGAUGAAGAGGAUGCUGAGGAUGAGGAUAUAGAAAUAAGUGAAAGUUCGGAUGAAUCUGACUCGGAACUUGAUGAAAAAGUGCAUUACCAGGCAGAUCUGGCUAAUAUUACCUGUGAAAUAGCAAUUAAACAGAAAUUAAUUGAUGAACUAGAAAAUAGCCAGCGACGCCUUCAAACACUGAAACAACAAUAUGAAGAAAAAUUAAUGAUGUUGCAAAAUAAAAUUCGGGACACUCAACUGGAGAGAGACCGUGUUCUUCAAAAUCUAGGGUCCAUGGAGUCAUAUUCUGAAGAAAAAGCAAAUAAAAUAAAAUCAGAAUAUGAAAAAAAGCUUCAAGUAAUGAACAAAGAACUACAGAAGUUACAUACUGCUCAAAAGGAACAUGCUCGAUUGCUAAAAAAUCAAUUGCAGUUUGAAAAACAGUUGCGGAAACUACAACAAGAAGUAGGAGAAAUGAAGAAGACAAAGGUCCGUUUAAUGAAACAAAUGAAGGAAGAACAAGAACGAGCUCGUAUGACAGAAUCUAGGAGAACCCGAGAAAUUGCCCAGUUAAAGAAAGACCAGCGCAAGCAAGACAAUCAGAUGAGACUUCUGGAAGCUAAGAAACGACAACAGGAAAUUAUUCUUCGUCGAAAAACAGAAGAGGUUACAGCCCUUCGUAGACAAGCUAAGCCUAUGUCAGAUAAAGUAGCUGGCCGAGUGAAUCGCAAACUUAGUUUGCCAGACCCUGUUCCCGAGCCACCAACCUACACAAAUAUAUAUGAUUCGGACCGAUCAGCUGCCAACCUUAGUGGGCUUCAUAAAGGGAGGCUUCCUAGGAUCCAAGGAACAGCAGCAGACCGGUCUAAUGGGAUGAGAAAGAAGCAGCAGAGGAGGGUAAUAAGUAUAUACACUUCAAAGGCAGCUAGAAUGAAAUGGCAAUCACUUGAUCGUAGAAUUACUGAAAUCAUAAUGCAGAGAAUGACAAUUGCCAACAUGGAGACUGAUAUGAACAGACUUCUGAAGCAACGUGAAGAACUGACAAAAAGACUAGAUAAAGUGACCAGAAGAAGAGAAAAAUUUCAACAAGAAUGUGCAGAUGGUGAUAAAGCAAUUCAUAACAUUAAUGAGGAGAUCGAGUCACUGAGUGCAAAUAUUGAUUACAUAAAUGAUAGCAUUUCAGACUGCCAGGCUAAUAUCAUGCAGAUGGAAGAAGCAAAAGAGGAGGGGGGUACAGUGGAUGUCUCAGCAGUGAUUACUUCCUGCUCUUUGACAGAAGCUCGUUACUUGCUGGAUCAUUUCCUCUCAAUGGCUAUUAAUAAGGGGCUACAAGCUGCUCAGAAGGAGUCUCAGAUUAAGAUGCUAGAAGGUCGUCUGAAGCAAAUAGAAAUAAACAGUGCCACUCAAAACCAGCUGCUGUUUCACAUGCUGAAAGAGAAAGCGGAAUUUAAUCCAGAGCUGGAAGCUUUACUUGGAAAUGCUUUGCAAGAACUAGGUAGCAUACAUUUGGAAAAUGGAGAGGAAAGCAGCGAAGAAGAAACUGUAACUAGUCCUGGAGGAGAAGGCAGCUCACUGACAUCUGAUCUUAUGAAGUUAACUGGUGAUAUCAAACCAAAGGAUAAGGCACGACGGAGAACAACUACAAGAAUGGAAUUACUUUAUGCCGAUAGCAGUGAUUCUGCCUCAGAUACUGUUGCAGGAGAUCUUGCCAUGCCUGUGUCACUUCCGCCUGUUGCCGAGGUGCAAGAGAAUGAAAAGGACACUGUAACUAUGCAGAGUGACACUGCUUCAGCUAGGGAAAUUAUGGCAUCACCAUCUGGCUUACCUCUUAGAUUGGGCAGUAGCAUGUCCAGACCUCCUUCCAUAGCAGAAAAGAAAAUCCCUGACCCUUCACCAUUAUCCAGAAGGAAGAUAUAUGAUAGAGGGCCACUGACAGGAGAAAAAUUGAAAAUUAAAGAACCAAAACUUUAUGAUUCAGGAACAUCAGAGGCUAGUAUUUCGCCUCCUUCCUCUCCAAGUCGAACUCGUAAUGAAAAGAAUGUUUUUUCCCGCCUCAGUAAUUCCCAAGUCUCUGCAUCUACCACCCAGGACAAGUCUGAUGAAAGUGACUGCUCUCUUUCGGAGGUGCAAAGGGGAGUAAUUAACCUAUUUCCUAGUUCCAAAGGCAGCAAGGCUGCACCUCUUCAGUGUAUUCAUGUUGCUGAAGGACACAAUAAAGCAGUGCUGUGCCUGGAUGCAACAGAUGACCUCCUUUUCACUGGAUCAAAAGAUCGGACUUGUAAAGUAUGGAAUCUAGUAACUGGACAAGAAAUCAUGUCACUCGGUGGACAUCCCAAUAAUGUGGUGUCUGUUAAAUACUGCAGUUAUUCGAGUUUGGUAUUUUCUGUCUCUACAUCUUAUAUUAAAGUGUGGGAUAUCAGAGAUUCCGCCAAAUGUAUUCGAACAUUGACUUCAACAGGCCAAGUGUCAAUGGGAGAUGCAUGUUCAAGUACAAAAAAUAGGACCGUCACCAUCCCACCUGGAGAAAAUCAGAUAAAUCAAAUUGCCUUGAACCCCACAGGAAUGUUCUUGUAUGCUGCAUCUGGCAACUCUGUGCGAAUGUGGGAUCUCAAAAGGUUUCAAUCUACCGGAAAACUGACUGGUCAUUUAGGCCCAGUUAUGUGCCUUACAGUGGACCAGACUGCAAAUGGACAAGAUCUAAUUAUUACUGGGUCCAAAGAUCAUUACAUAAAGAUGUUUGAUGUUACUGAAGGUGCUAUUGGAACUGUAAGCCCCACCUACAACUUUGAGCCACCACAUUAUGAUGGUAUUGAAUCAUUAACAGUUUUGGGUGACAGUUUGUUCAGUGGGUCUAGAGAUAAUGGGAUAAAAAAAUGGGACAUGGCCCAACAAGAACUUCUUCAGCAAGUUCCAAAUGCCCACAAGGACUGGGUGUGUGCUUUGGGAAUUGUACCUGGCCAUCAAAUUCUUCUUAGUGGCUGCAGAGGUGGCAUUCUUAAGGUCUGGAAAGUGGAUAGCUUUUCACCACUUGGGGAGAUGAGGGGGCAUGAUAGCCCUAUCAAUGCCAUUUGUACCAACUCUACCCAUAGCUUUACUGCAUCAGACGACCAAACUGUGAGGAUUUGGCGUGCACGAAGAUCGACAGAUGGACAGAUGUUGGAUACUGCAGACACAACUGAUGAAGUCCACAGCAGCUGAACGUACGUGCAGUAGAAGACAUCAAGAAUAUACUGGCAUUGGCUGAUAGCACUCCAAGCACUUUGUGGUUGUUGAGUGAACUGUUCUAACUGGGUUGAAGAUAAACUGGAAUACAUACCACAGCUGCAGAUUUUCAUUUGCUCCAACCAUUCAAAUCCAUGCUAUUGUCAAGCCAUUUUCUUGAACAGGGAGNAAAAAAAGUAAUGAAAAUACAAUGCAUGACUGCAGCCUUUAGUGUGUGAAUAACUUGUGAUAGUCUUUUCAGUAUAAAGAGCUCUUAUAUUAAGUGUAUUCAGUCUUCAGUAGCUUUCAGCACAGCAAGGAAGUAUAUUUAAAAACAGCACGCAGAACAAAUCAUAAUCCUCAACAGCUAAUGAGAGUUGCAAUGUAUGUAAAGUCUGGUAUUGUGCUAAAAGGNUUUUUGCAGGUUUAAUAUACUCUGCAAUAGUACCCCUCAUUGUUGUUUGUUCUUGUGUAUGAUGCAAUUUUCUGAUUAAUUUAUGACUGUUACAUCAUUAUAAAGAGUGAACAUAGCUUUGUCCAUGUUCUCUACAGUAUUCAUGGUCUGUUACUCAAUAGUUAUGACUGAAUUUGUCCAGAAUGUGUGUGUGUGUUGUCAUGUUGUAUUGUUAUUAUGUUGUGUCACUCACUGCUGUCCUCUUCUCAGACCAUGUAGUGUCAAUCCAUUGAACUGUUUUUUGGGGAUAAGAGGAAAUGACCAUUGUAAUUGAAUGGAUAAAAGUGCUGCUAUUAACAGUGUGAAAUGUAUGUACAUUUAGAUUUAAAGACUAAAAUUAAAUAGACAGUUUCACCUGGAGUGGAAAUACAUUGUAUAUAGAAAGGUGUGCAAAAAAGAAAUGAUUUUCAUUGUGCCUGGUUGAUUUCCAGAUGCUCUGGAAUGUAGAUAAUUAAAUGGGGAUAUAUUUUAUUUAGUUUUAGACUUUGAAUGAUUAAUUUUACUAAAAAGCUUCAGAAGGUUUUAUGUAAAUAAUCCUCUAAAAUUGGAUUCUUUUAGGUUUUCCUUGAUUGUUUCUGAAAGGUUGCUUGUAUACAAAUAGCCCAAUAAAAUGUGUGCUGACCUGCAAAUUAGGUUUUAUUUUAUAAUUCUAGGAGCGUAGUGUGAAAUAAAUGAAAAAAUUAA